AUGCAGCAAGCUGCAACGCGGAUACUGUUUUUCGCCGAUAUUACAGGAAAAGUUUAUGGAGCAGCACCGGAAAAGGACAAACUGCCGGAGAGCAUCGGAACAUCCAACGCCAUCGAAUUCCACCGCAAGUGGAAACUUGUUCAUCUCAGCUGGACAGAUUGUUCCGCUAAGCAUCGUUCUCGCAUGGUUUUAAUUGGUUCGUCGCACCGCUGCUGGAAGUGUUGCAUUCCUCUUGAAGGACUGCUUCCUCCAAACGGGAUGUUGUUGCUGUGGGUGCCGCGGCCGUUCAACAUGCGUCGGGACAAUGUCGAUGGGUGAUCGAUGUUCCGCUGGUCAAAGGCUGGUGCUAGGAGUACUGCUCGUCGGGAAAUCAGUUGAAAUUUGUGCUUGAGCUUAAGCUUCUUCUUGGUUACGUGCUGAACGCGUUCAAAUACCGCAAGCCGCAGGUGCAGCAGUACCAGUUCCGUUCGCUCAGCGCGACUCAGUUCUUCCAAGCAUCGACUCUGCCUGGUAUAAUUUGCUUAACCUGAACAGUUUUCAUUUGGAUCGCAAUUUUAAUGUAAAACUUAUAAAGACGUUUACUAAAAAGGAUUGUGAGGUGCGAUUCGUAGAUGCUUGUGCCGGGGAAUUGUGCUUUUAUUCAUCAUGCGCAAAGUCAAGUUGUGAAAUAACAUAAAUAUAAAUAAAAAAUCUAUUCUAGCA